AUGAUUAAGGUUCUUCUCCGGUUAUUUUCACUUCUGUUGCCAAUUCUGGCUGUAUUGGGUUCGAAUACAGUUUAUGGUACAAUUACGUCACCGGCCACAACAACUGAGGCACCGCCGCCGCGUUGUAAACGGACUUAUCUUGGUGAGAAUCAGAAAUUGGCCGCCGUCCAGUAUCCGUUUGGAUUCUCCCGUGGUUGUGAAAUUCAACUGAAUCUCAGCGACGCAGGAACGAUUAAAGUUAGGGACUUUGAGGUUCUGAACGUGACAUCGGACAACAUACUGGUUAAUCUUCCGGCGAGUUGCAACCGUUCGAUUGAAGAGCUCAGGCAACUGAAUGGGCCUAAUUUCUACAUCACCUGGCGAAACGGGCUGUUAUUGGAUAACUGUAGAAGCCCAGUGAAUGGUUGUGCUCUGCCGAUCAGUCUGCUCAAAUCCCACGUGGGGAGGAAAACUUGUCACGGCGGCGGCGGUGCCAAUAGUAUGAGCUGUUAUUCCGAUGCCCUCUUAAAUGACACCUUCUUGGAGGUAGACGACAUCGAGAAAACUAAUUGUAAGGUGGUUUUUUCUUCGAUCGCGAUGGGUCUGGACCGGAGCUUUCAGUCUCUCGGAAACUCCCAGGACGGCGACGGCGGCAACCUAACGAAUUCCACCACCACUUCGUUGCUGUUGAAUUUUCAAACGUUGGAAUUAGGUUGGUGGUUGGACGGGGAAUGUAAUUGUAGUGAAUUUGCCACGUGCACUAACUUCACGGUGCCUACCGGAGGUCAAGGGUAUCGCUGCAAGUGUAAUCCGGGAUACGUCGGAGAUGGUUUCACCGGCGGAGAUGAUAGUCAAGGUUGCCGACCGAUUCCGCAUUGCAAGGAUAGAGGACACGUCUUUGGCCGAUGUGGCAGCAGAAAAGUUGGUGUUCUUAUUGGAGGGAUAAUGGCUGGAGCAUCUUUAACGGUUGUUCUUGCUCUUUUCUACUACUGCAUCCGCAAAAGGUCUAAAUUGCUAAGAAACCGAAUGAGUGCUAAGCGUCUUCUGAGUGAGGCUGCUGGCAACUCCACUAUACCUUUCUUUUCCUAUAAGGACAUUGAGAGAGCCACAUUUGGCUUUUCCGAGAAACAAAGGUUGGGAACAGGUGCUUAUGGUACAGUUUAUGUAGGAAAACUCCGUGACGAUGAGUCUGUUGCAAUUAAAAAAAUUAAACAUAGUGAUCAUGAGAGCAUCGAACAAGUGAUGAAUGAGAUCAAGCUUCUGUCUUCGAUCGGAAAAGGUCGUCUGGAUGAGAUAAUUGAUCCAUUCCUAGAGCCUCACAGGGAUGCUUGGACACUGUCCUCCGUUCAUAAAGUAGCCGAGCUGGCUUUUAGAUGCCUCGCUUUUCAUCGAGAUAUGAGGCCAACUAUGAUGGAAGUGGCAGAAGAGCUUGAGCAGAUCAGGCUAAGUAGUUGGGCUCCGCUCGAGGAAAAUAACUAUGUUGCAUCAUCAGUGGCAUCCACUUGUUCAUCUCCAUUUGGUGGAAGCGAGAAAUCUUUUAAUAGUAGAUCUGCGAAAAAGAGUGGAAUAGGGAGUAGGCGAUUGGCUGUUUCGCAGAGAGGAGGGGAUCGUGAUCCGCUAUCUACAAUGGAAGAAUCAAAAGACAGUUCCCCGGUCUCAGUGCAGGAUCCUUGGUUUAGUGAGCAGAGCUCACCAUCAACAAACAGUUUAUUGAAUAAUGUUGUUCAGUGA